AUGGGCUGCAACAGCUCCCGACAGGCGGAGGAGACUCCUGUCUCCAGUGUGGUGGUGAAGAUGACAGACACGCGACGUCCAUCUGCAAGUGCGCAACUUGCUCAGUCUCUCGGAAAUUGGCCCGAAUACAUUGUCACCACAUCCAUUCAUGGUUCUGAAAGGAUGGGUGAUCGCAAUCUGGACAAUACCGCUAUCAAUCAUCCUUCCGCACACAAUGGUACGACAGAGUCAAGGGCGCAUGAUCCUGAGAACUCUGUAGCCAACCCAGAAGACGAGUAUGAAACCAAUCACAACACAAACAGCGUCGUGACAUCGCCAGCACAUCCUCCAACUUCCCCUCCAGACGUGAAAUGCUCUUACUGCUGUGAAACCAUCGAUCGGAAGAAAGGGAAAGUCCUUCGACCAUGCAAGAGCUGUUCUAUGCCCAUCUGCAACAGCUGUAUUCGGAAAUUGUUCGUGGAUGCCUACAAGAACGAGGCCAACAUGCCUCCCCGGUGCUGCGUCCCAAUUCCAGUCACAUAUGCUCGUCUCGUCCUCUCAGCAGAAGAAGUGACACUUUUCAAGGAGAAGUAUGAGGAAUGGAGCACACCCAAUCGAGUCUACUGCCCCAUUCCCACCUGUUCAGCAUUUAUUCCAUACCGUCUGUUUCCCACAUCGGCUGUGAAAGACAGGAUCCCAGCUCAAAAGGGUGCCAACCUCAAUCAAACUGUUCCUACGGGCCUCCAAACCCCGCCUCCGACGCCUCCACUCUCCGCCCCCGAAGUGGCUCCUUCGAUUCCAUGCCCCAAAUGCGCAGUUCUCAUCUGUUGUUCUUGCAAACAACUCGCCCACCCCGGGACGCCUUGCUCCGAAACUCCGGACAUUGACCCUGAGAUCGCGGACCUCCUCCAACGGUGGGGCAUCAAACGCUGCCCAAAGUGUCGAGCAGCAGUGCGACGAAUGUAUGGCUGCAGCCACAUUCAAUGCCGCUGCGGUGCCCAGUGGUGCUGGUGGUGCACAGGCCCGAUCCGCGUCUGUCGAGCCAGGCCUUGUCCGGCCGAACAGGAGGCCGCGGCAUUCGAAGAAGAGAUUAACGCCGCGGCCGAUGAGCGUUACGAGCGGGAAAUGGAGGGCAAUUCGGACGCUGACACAGAGUCGGAGACAUCCGUCGUGCUUGAGCAGGGUGCACCAGCACCGGAGCCUCUCAUCAAUCUGGAUGCGGGCUGGCAUUGGGAGGAUGCCAGAGAGGACUUUGGAAGCGAACCUAGCAUCGACGACCUGGACCCUUUUAACUGCAAUCACAUGUGGGAUUCUGUCGAAGAAGGGGAGAUCGAUGAAGAGAUCGACUACGAGUGUGGCCGGUGCUGGCGCAAGCUAGUCCCUUACCCAAGCGGACACAUGUAUCUAGGGAUAAGGGAGCUGCUGGAGACAGGAUCCUUUACCGGAUAUGAGGCCUUGCAGAAACCCCAGAUGGCUACUUCGGACUCAUUUAUCAACUUGUGUCGUCGAUGCGGAAUCAUCCUCUGCGGAAACUGCCGUGAAUUGGACAGUCAUCAACAUGGACAAUAG